CGCCGCCAUGUCUGCCGCCGCGCUGCUCAAGUCGGUGGAUUACGAGGUGUUCGGCAGAGUGCAGGGUGUUUGCUUCAGAAUGUACACGGAAGGGGAAGCUAAGAAAAUAGGAGUCGUUGGCUGGGUGAAGAACACCAGCAGAGGCACCGUGACAGGCCAGGUGCAAGGCCCGGAAGAGAAGGUGGAGGCCAUGAAGUCCUGGCUGAGCAAGGUUGGAAGUCCUAGUUCUCGCAUUGACCGCACAAACUUUUCUAAUGAAAAGAACAUCUCUACACUUGACUAUUCUAAUUUCAGUAUUCGAUACUAAUAGAAAACAAUAAAAUUGUAAGGCUUCCAGUGCACACUGGACACGCUGUGCCCUGAAGUCUAAUUCUAGAAUAAGUACCAGAGUAGAAUGCAAAGGGGGAGUUUCUGUUGGGAAAGCUACAGAACUGUAACUGAGGAUGUUCGUCACCGAAAGAAUCUUACUAAACCCUUUUUGUUAAGCAAAAACAUAUGCUAAGAUUAAAAAUGUUGUUACAUAUAUUUACAAGGAACAUUCAGUUUACACUUGUCUCAUGGAAUCUUUCGUUUCAAUGAAUAUUAUAGCAUACAUGUUAUUUGGUUAGAUAUUAAAUAAAGUGAGCCAUCUAAGUUUUACCCAAGUAUGCUUGUCUAGAGUGACUUCUAAUGUCUGAAUAAUAAUUUGUUAUCAAAACUGAGUAAUUUAAUGAUCGAAAUCUUUAGGAGAACCACUAAAUAAAUAUAUCGUGUAAUCAAUAUAACCAUGAAAGAGUGCCAGUAAAGAGCAAACUUAAAAUUGUUUAAAUAUAAACAUGAAU